AUGGCAGUUAAAAAAGUUCCCAUCCUCCCGUAUCGGAGGGGCUCGGAUUCCUCCGAAGCUGACUUCUUCGACAUCCCCGACGAGCCCUGCUGGUCCAUCGUCAAGCGUCAGGUCCGUCACCUCAAGAGCCCGCGGGUCUGGCUCGCCUUCUUCGUCUUCGUCCUGUUCGUCCUCUUCCUACGACGCGAGAAACCCCCGCCGCCCCCUCUUCCACAUAUCGACUACGACCGAGUGGACUGGUCACUGUAUGCCUACAGCCAGUAUGCAACCUCCAGCCCAUACUUGUGCAAUGCGCUCAUCGUGUUCGACACAUUACAACGCCUCGGCAGCCGGGCGCAGCGGGUGCUGUUCUACCCCGAGAACUGGGACGUGCUGGUGGAUGACGACCGCGACCGGGAUAGUCAGUUGCUGGCCAUAGCGGCGGAGAAGUAUAAUGUGUUGUUGGUGCCGAUUGACGUGCAGAUGGUCAAAGCUGGUGCAGGGCCGAACGAGUCUUGGGAUAAGAGCAUCUCCAAGCUUCUUGCCUUUGGCGAGACCGAAUUCGAUCGUGUCAUCCAUAUCGACUCCGACGUCAGCGUUCUACAGAACAUGGAUGAACUGUUCUUCCUUCCUCCCUCCCAGGUCGCCAUGCCCCGCGCCUACUGGCAACUGCCCGAUACGAAACAACUCUCGUCGCUGUUGAUUGUGCUGGAACCGUCGUUCAAAGAGUGGUAUGCGUUGAUGGAUGCAGCCCAUGCCAUCACCUACGGUCAGGUCGAGUCGAAUGUCAGCUCACGGGUCAAAUACGAUAUGGAACUGAUGAAUGAACGGUACGGGGACUCGGCGCUGGUUCUGCCGCAUCGACAGUACGGACUGGUCUCGGGUGAGUUCCGCAAGGAUGACCACCGGGCCUUCUUGGGCAAUGAAUAUGAGGAGUGGGAUCCGGAGAAGGUGCUGGCAGAGGCGAAGCUGGUCCAUUUCUCCGACUGGCCAUUGCCGAAGCCAUGGGUGAUGUGGCCGCAGGAACUGAUUGCCGACAUGCUGCCCAAGUGCAAGGUCAAGCCGGGCACGGUGCAUGAGAGCGGGUGCAAGGAUCGGGAGAUUUGGAAGAAACUCUACGAUGAUUUCCGACGGAAACGACGGGACGUGUGCAAACUGCUCAGUUACCCGGCUCCGAACUGGCCUCCACGAGAAAAACCCGAAGGUCCUCUGGCAGGUCUUCCAAUGACCCCCGAGCCCGAGUCUCCGGUCAAUCAAGUUUAG